AUGCCGCUUGGCAAGAUUACGAACGCUCUUUUCUCUGGCAGCAACGAGAACACUCUCCAACUAGCAAGCUUGAAUGUCGACAUAUCUCUGCUCAAGUUCGAGGCCCCGAGGGAAUUCAAAGGAUUAGGCUCCGCAUUAUCUCUCCGUCGUCGGGCUGAUGCAGAGGAUGGGCCUCUCCAUCAGACCGCUCGCAAGCUUGGAGCCUUGUUUGAGCCGAUCAUCCCAAGUUACCCCAAACUUGUGAAAGCCUACGGUAUGCGAGCGUCCGCUAUAUUCGAGAGUCCCGGAGUGAAUCCGAAGGGCUCACGGAAGGACGGGGCCUUCGAGACCUUCGUCGGAGCAGAUGGUACUUCUCUCUGGGCAGCAGCUACGUCCGGGCAUGCUUCAAUUGCAGUUCACCUGUUAGCGUGUAUGUUAGCUCGUUCCUGGGAGGCCAAAAGUGCCACAGCCAUAUGGGUUGAGCUCAUUUUAGAACGAAAACGAGAGUUACAUUCAGCCGUUGAAAGCGGGAGCGUUACGUCCAUGACCCUUAUCAUGACCCUGGGGGAAGAUAUUCCGAGAGAACAAAUAAGGUUAUGGGAUGCUAGCGCGAGGUCGUGGUUGCAGAGUGCUGAUCAAGAGAAGAUAUCGGAGCAGAAGAGGCUCGAUCUCAUUCUCAAGAACAUCAGCCUCUUAGUCUCCGGUGGGGCCACAACGUAUGAAAGUGUCACAUCUGCUUGGAUUCAAGCAAUGGAGGGUUUGGAGAAGCUGCUGUCAGGAACACCCCAACAGAUUUGUGACGGAUCAAUAUUGCUGGCACUCUCAGCGUGGCAUAUAUUCCCCAAUCUCCUCGUUCUUGGCCCCAAAACUGUCAAUGUUGCUUUCAACGACCCACUGGUUCCCAAAGCUGGUGUUGUUACCAUUGGGCUGCAAAAUUCGGAGCGUAAUCAAGGGGAAGGCAUCGGGUGGUCGCUAGCACUGUCUCAUUUACGCUACUACGGAGACCCGGUUCCAGUGGCGAAUGAAGAUAUCAAAGGCAGAGUCGCGAUUCGGGAACUGCACCUAGUUGCCCUGGGGGCUCUCUUGCGGCAGUGGAGUAUGGGUAUUGAGGAUGCUCCUCUUGUAUGCAGGUGGCUUACUUCAUUUUGGCAACUUCUCAGUUCAGCACCUAGGAACCAGCCGAUCGGCUCAUCUGAUGUCAAUGUCAUUCUAGAACUCAACGACGAGUUCUGCUGGUUGGAGGUACUCGUUCUAGCCGCCGAUCGCAUUGUCCAUUCUAAUGGUGAAGAGCUGGACACUGCGAUGAUGCUCGUCUCCUAUGGACUUCGCCGCGGGGAAACCUUUCUAGGGCGUUACAACCAAAAAUGUCGAACAAGGCGAAUCCCGUUCUACGGCCUCUGUAACCAUGUCAUGCUGUCUUCCCUUGCUCAGGAGUCAGUGGUAGAUUGCGGGAUUCAAUACUUCCGAGGAGUAGCACAAAACUUGGGACUUGAGGACUGUGAUGCUAUAAUCUCGUACACUCACAGAGAUACCAUCCCAUUCUACGAGUUUGCCAGCGCAGUCCCCCACCAAGCUCAUUCACAUGCCCACUGCAAACGGUUGAUAAGUGGGGAAUUGAAGCAAAAGCAGGUCCAUUCGCGGUCGUUCAAUCAUUUCAGAAAUGCGCGAAAAUGGAGUUGUUCUUGUAAAACCGAUUUCGCUGAACUUGGUUGCACAAACUUUGGAUUUGGUCUCUUGGAAAGAGUUGAAGUCAUCGCUUCGCGAGGAGAAUAUUCCGCUAUGACGGGGCAUGGACUGCAAAAGCCGGUCAAAGGAAGUGAUGGGUUUCCGAGGCACGAUCAAGAAAAAAAUUGGGCAAUUUCUAUGACAUGGGAAGAUCCUCCACUUCUCUACAGUGGCCUUCAACGCUCGGGGGAGCUGUAUUGUGCUUCGGAAUCAAGAACGACUUCUGUCUCUCACCCAUGCUCAUGUUUUGACAGGUGUUCACUCUAUGUCGACCACUACCUGUACCAAUGGGCAACCAACCAGACGAAGCACAGAAUUUCAGACUGGGAAAUCGCAUCUGAGCAAACGAAACACAUUGCUACAAAAUUUGACCUCAUAGCUGGGGACUACGGUCCUGGUCAACAUGCCCUCUGGUUAAGACGCAAGGAGACGCUAGAUGGACGACCAUCUUGUGAUAGUAUUGGUGGAAUAGAGAUCAAAGAUGAUAGCAACAACAGCGAACAAAGCGAAGGCCUGGUCGAAGGUCUGAGCCUUCUGAAUCCUGUCAGGGUUGCACAAUUUCUGGCUGCAAUCACGGACACUGACUGUCAACCUUCAUCAGCCAUUUUCCUCCUCGCUCACCCUCACCUUCUGCCUAAAAGCCAGUGGAGGGCACUCGACGCUCUAGGCAUUGCUUCUCGGCUUUAUGAUACUAUUCCUGGCGCGACGGUGCCACUUACUAUUGUGUUUAUGGAUCUGUCAACCGCUCGCUGGCACAUGCCACAGGAAUCCAAGUGUCCAGAUGAUCCCGACGAUAGAUCUGAUGAGUCUAGCCUCCCAGAAAGCACCAACUUUGAUCGCUUGCUCUACUCUGAGCUCUCGCGACCCCAAGUAUUUGCGUGUCUCUUGAUGUUUGAGACAGGCUCAGCGAACAUAGAUGUCUGUUCUCUCUCAUCCGUAGUGGCGAUGUCCUCGGGAAACUCGAUCUAUGUUGCAAGCAGACUUCUCUCAGAUCCAGCGAAUCUUGUCUCAGCAUGCCACAUUAAACGAAUCGUUGGAAAUAUUGGCAUGCCUGGUAUUUCCAUGAUGGUGGCACCGCAAAAUCCGCGGCUUAGAGAACUCACCGACGACUGGCGCCAAGUUCGACACGCGAAGUACGACUCCAAGAGAGAAGACAACUUCAAAGGCACAACAUUGCAUUUUUCAUUUACGGACUGGAAAUUGCCCCUUGAACCUAAUUCUUCUGGAACGGUUGACAAAGAUAUAUUCCUUAUCGAAUCAAUUGUUUCCGUUCACGAUAGUGGAGAGUGGGUAGCGGAUCUUAACCUCUUACGCUUUAUGCCUUCAGAACAUCACAUUCUAGAUUGCAUAUGUAAGAAUGAGGGAUCCCAAGCUACUACACGAGAAGUCAAUCACCUGGUUUCUAUAGACAAUUGGGAUGAGUUGAUCGAUGGUCCACAUGACGUUGGCAUUUUCCGAGCGAGGGGCAAUUGGGCAGCUCGGCUUGCUGCGUCCUCGAUCUUGAGUCGGAAGUGCCAAGAAAAAGGAGAGAUGUUCUAUAUAUGCUCGUCUCUUCCAUGCUUGAAGUGCGCCAGGCGGCUUAGUGGCAAGGUGAAAAUCUUGAUAGACUGAAUUUUACAUUACAGUAGCAUAAUUACCUUUGCCUUUGAACAAAGUUACUGAGGCCCAGACAUGGCUAGCAGACAAAACCAAGAAGCG